GGGGCAGCCAGCAGCUACGCAAUCAGAGUGGCUAGCGAAGGGGGCAAUGGAGUCCCGCUUUGUGAAAAAGCAUUGCUGAACAUGGAGAAUGACAGGCCUUACAGGAGAGAGGCAAAGUCUUGAUCCCAUGAAUUUGCUGUGGCGGUUGGCAAUCUGUUUGUGAGAAUAUUUUUUUCUCCCCCCAGACCUCUCCAUUUUGGAUUAGCCCUUAACAACAGCAACGACAACAACAACAAAAAAAACAUUGGUGCGUUUUAACCCACCUCCUCAGAGACCAUGUACUGCCUACAGUGGUUACUCCCAGUCCUGCUCAUCCCGAAACCUUUGAACCCGGCGCUAUGGUUCAACCACUCCAUGUUCAUGGGCUUCUACCUGCUCAGCUUCCUGCUGGAGAGGAAGCCGUGCACCAUCUGUGCCUUAGUGUUCCUGGCGGCGCUCUUCCUCAUCUGCUACAGCUGCUGGGGGAACUGCUUCCUCUAUCACUGCCACGACUCCCCGCUGCCGGACUCUGCACACGACCCCAACAUCGUCGGCACCUAAGAAGAGCGGCGGCGGCGGCGGUCGCCACCAGCAGCAGCUCGCCUUCUUCACGCUCGACAGCAGCUGCAGCAGCAGGUGCAGCGGCAUCAACAACAACAACACGGACCCUGGACAAUCUUCUGUAACAAAGCCGCCCUGGUGAUACUACAAGGCCCCUUCUCCUCACCAGGAGCGCAGCAAUGCUGGGAUACAAGGCACUGUCCAGCCAGGACGCGGCGUGAUGAGGCCAUGCCUGGAUCACUACAUGCCCCUCCUCCUCCGCCUCACUUGUCGCCUAUGCAUUUUGUCCUUUUACUUGUAGUAGUGAUCUGUUUCUUUCUUUCUUUCUUUCUUUCUUUCUUUCUUUCUUUCUUUCUUUCUUUCUUUCUUUCUUUCUUUCUUUCUUUCUCUCUCUCUCUCUCUCUCUCUCUCUCUCUCUCUCUCUCUCUGGGAUCAGAUGCGCUGCAUAGGUUACCAGUGCAUUGCUCUUCUCUCCUCUCACCCCUGUGCACCAUUCAUGCUUUGGUACCUACCUACGUUUUAAUUAUACUACAAAAAAAAGUAUUUCUCAAUUCUCAUGGUGUAAAAUGAUCUGAAAAACUAUCACACUUCCCUCCACCUCAUUAAGAGUUCUCUUCUCUGUGAUUGUUGUUCGCAAAGAAGCCUUAUGAGGUGUAUCCAAACACAAAUAGACAUGCAGGAGCCCCCACCCCCAUGUAAUACUUUCCUCCCUCAGUAUUCUGUCAUGAAAUCGGUUGCCGUUUCUAUUCUUUGUUCCUCCCCACCUCCAUUUCCUCAAUGAGUUCACCUGUAUGUAUUUCUGCUUGACAGGAAAAUGAGGACAGCAAAAAAAGCAAAUAUAUGAAUUGUCUGUCUGGUGUUGAGUUUUUGUUUUUGUAAUAUCAGUGGAUGGUCUGGAUGUAAUGGAAGGGUGCGUUGCAAUAUGCGACCUUGCCUCCUCCACUUGCUUGUCUCCUCGUACCAGGAAGUAGUAUGUCAUGAUGACAUCACUGACAACAGCAUUAUAUUUCAAUAUCUUGCAAAAGCUCAAUUGUAGAGUCUUUUUCUCAUUUGCAAUUGGGAUGGUGGAUGAAAAACAGUCCCUCAAAAGUUGUUGUGGCUAGGCUGACAGCUGGGAAACUUUAUCGUUUUCUCCACGGAGGAGGGGCCAGGAGGCGGGACGAGGAGACAAGCGCAAGUGGAGGAGGCAAGGUUGCAUAUUGCAACGCACUCGAAGUCUUUGGAGCUGUCUAUUUGGAGGAUAGCAAAGCUGUACCUUGCUGUAAAGCUAUGCCACGGGGAAAGCAGCUAGUAUGGGGGUGGGGGGGGGGUGCACCACUGGAGAUUUGCUGUAUCUAGCACAGGUUGAACAGCAAGUGCGAAACAAGAAGUUCAAUGUUUACGUCCACCAAAGUCGUGAGAUUGGAUGGUGCAUUCUGUCCUUUUUUUCCUCCUUGUAUUUUUUUCUUUUUUCGAAUUAAACCUCUUGCCCUAGUUGACCCAUUUGAAAAGAGCCUGUUCGGUACACUUCAAAUGACUUUCCCUGCGUAUAUAGGCUACAGAGCUUUUCAACGGGAAACUUGAAGAGUUCUGUUUUUUUGUACUUCCUCCUCUCCCCUCCUCUUCCUCUUCCUCCUUCUCAGUAUUGCAUCACUCGGACAGGGGACUUUAUCAGGGUCGAGGACUUGAUCUUCUGCGGGUGGCCAUCCCACAGCCCCACAGGCACAGUGACAUUUGUGUUUGCCUUGUCUGCUUUUAAAAUGGACUCUCUUUUGACAAUGAAUCCAUCAAUACUUGUGAAUUGUGUUGCGUGCGAUUUGUCAUAGCUUAAGAACAAAUUGGUUUGCCAUUAAAGGAGAUUAGAAUACCUUUUA